AUGGCUGUCCGCAGCGGUAACGCCUUGACGCCUUUCUCCAUCCAGGCCAUCCUCAACAAGAAGGAGGAGCGCGCUCAGCACUUGGCGGGGCGGCCGCCGCCGGCCACCCCCACCACGCCCGCUUGCUGCUGGAGGCUGUUCGGCGAGAGGGCGGACGCGGGCGCAGCGGACAAGGCUUUGCUGCUGUCCCCGGCCUGCGCCCGGGCUGCGCCGGCGGCGGCGGGGAGGACGAUGGGAGCCCCGGCGGGCUGGGAUUCGGACUCGGCGCUCAGCGAUGACCACGAGGGCGAGAGGCGCUCGGAGGAGGAGGGCACCGGGGUGCAGCAGGGGCCGCCCGGCAACAGCGCCCGCUCCAGAGAGGCCCCUGGUCGGGGGCGGCCUGCGCGGGAGGCUCAGCCCAGGGAUCAGGAGGAAGAGCCCCCCGGCCUCAGUGACAGCGAGAUGUCGGCCAGCGUUUCAGAUCGCAGCCCGCCGGAGGAGGAGGACGGAGGCAGCAAGUGCGAGAAGCUGCUGGCCGGGGAGGAGGAGCAGACGGCCCCCAAGCCGCGGAAGAAGCGCUCGCGGGCGGCCUUUUCCCACGCGCAGGUCUUCGAGCUGGAGCGGCGCUUCAACCACCAGCGCUACCUCUCGGGCCCGGAGCGAGCCGACCUGGCGGCCUCGCUCAAGCUCACCGAGACCCAGGUGAAGAUCUGGUUCCAGAACCGCCGCUACAAGACCAAGCGGCGCCAGAUGGCCGCGGACCUGCUGGCCUCGGCCCCGGCCGCCAAGAAAGUGGCGGUGAAAGUGCUGGUGCGGGACGAUCAGAGACAGUAUCACCCGGGGGAGAUGCUGAGGCCGCCCUCGCUGCUUUCCCUGCAGCCUUCCUACUACUACCCCUACUACUGCCUGCCCGGGUGGGCCCUGUCCACCUGCACCGCAGCCGCGGGGACUCAAUGA